AUGUCGACCUCGUCUAUCGCACCACCACACCCACAGCUCGACUUAUCGGCCAUGGCACGACCGAACCCCAACCCCCUCGGCGUUCUGGUAAACGGCUUCGAGGGCCCGAAUCAGCAACCUCUGCUUGCCAGCGGCGGCAUGUGGCCCGCACCCCACCCGAAUGCUCUGCGAGUCAUGAACGAGGCCAUGAAGCUCGCCCAGGCGCUGAUUCUGCACCCCAAGGGCAUCAGCCUGGCCUGUGAGGUGCUCUGUUACUCGACGCAACCCAACGAGCUGUACCCGGCCGCCAUCAGCCACGCCCUGUCUGCCACGACCGUCCUCGUCCUCGUCGACCACUGGAUGAGCCCCACGGUGUUUGGCAAACACCUUCGCCGCAUUGAAAACGACGUUGACCGAGCAGACUCUGUCGAUAAAAACAUCAUUGUUGUCAACCCCUGGCUGGUGGAAGCCGAACUUGCGGUUAACGACUCUCCGGCCGACUACCACCGUCACCUGUUCAUCGUUGCCGACGGCUUGGCCUUGGAGUUGAUUCGCCUCCUCCGCCCAAAGGUCCGCGCCAUCUUGCGUCCUCACGGCGUCCAGGUCCCGCCCGAAGCACCUCCGCACAUGGACGGCGGCACCGUCGAGGGACAGGCGUUUGAGGACGGACUUAUGGGCGGCCGCCUGGAAGGUGUCUGGGCCAUUGGCGACGACGACGAGCUUGUAACGGUCGACAUUGCGGCCGCCACGGCCUGCGGUUUCGACGUUGGCACGUUUGUGCCCAGCCUCGAGAACGUUUACAAAGACGUCGAGUCCACCUCGUUUCACUGUUUGGCGAUCGCGAAGCCCGACGGUGGCCUGUACCCGGUGUGCGAGGACUGGAUCACAGAGGUCGUUUACGAAUUCACACAGCACGGCUGUAUCGACCCCGUCGUGUUCCCGCCCACGGUUCAGACGACUGAUCUCAGCCUCUACGACGUCAAGCGCCUCGGGUUUGCCACUCCCCCACGACAACAACAGCAGCUGACGGCUGCGCUCGCGCCUCACCCCCAACCCCUCGGCCGUCUCGCAAAUGGCGAGCUGGACGCCAACAACACUGCCCGCCUGGCCGACAUCAAGACCUGUCCCCCUCCCCACCCUAACGCGUACCGCAUCAUGAACGAGGCCUUCAAGCUUGCCCAUGCAAUCUUGCUACACCCCAAGGCUGUCCGAAUUGCAUCAGAAGUCAUGUCCAACUCCAUGUCGCCUGAAAAGCUGUAG